GUUUUCGGAACCUUUAAGAAUACUUUUUUGUUUUUGUUUUUGUUCUUUUGGAACUACUGACAAUUGUCAAGACGAGAAAAAAGUGAAGCAUCGACGAACACAAAAGGAAAGGGAAGAGAAUACGGAUCUCUGCUUCUUUCCUCUCUGGAUUCCUCCCACACAAACUACAGUUGAACUGUUGAACAUACAAAUUUCAUACGAAAUUAGGGCUACUCUAUACCAAAGAACUUGUUCAUCUCAUAGACCGGAUUCAUCCAGGCAAUGCAGUAGUAGCUUCGUAUAGGUACCAGUUGUUUCUGCAGCUCAGGAGGACCAUGUCGAACAAGUUAGCUAUAAUGACAGGGUUGUAUUGUGGAACCUACGAAAUGCAGACUUCUUAACUGACUUCGUACAAAGGAAUGCCCAGUAUGGAUGUUGAGAAGUCUAAUAUUAUGCGUGCCGAAGAAAUUAAAUGCCUAGCCAAUGAAGCAUUUACAGCUCACAAAUAUGUUCAAGCUAUUGAUCUAUAUACGCAAUCAAUUGAACUCAACAACCAGAAUGCUGUAUAUUGGGCAAAUCGUGCAUUUGCACACAUUAAGCUAGAGGAAUAUGGCAGUGCGCUAGAGGAUGCAUCAAAAGCUAUCGAAGUUGAUCCUAGAUAUUCCAAGGGUUAUUACAGGCGUGGUGCUUCUUAUCUUGCCAUGGGGAAGUUCAAAGAAGCACUUAAAGAUUUUCAGCAGCUCAAGAAGAUGUGCCCUAAUGAUCCUGACACUAUCAAGAAGUUGAAGGAAUGUGAGAAAGCGAUUAUGAAGCUUAAGUUUGAAGAAGCUAUUGCUAUUUCAGUUCCUCAAAGGGAUGCCGUGGUCAAUCCUAUUGAUUUCCACACUGUAGGAGUGAGCCCAAGUUCAUCAUCAUUUACUGUCCAAAUGGCUAUAGUAGCAGCAGCAGUAGCAAUUACAGCAAUUGCAAUUGCAACUCUUAGCACAGAAGUUGCCGCAGUAGUAGCUGCAAUAGCAGUGGUGGUGCUGGUAAUCCUGGUCACACGAUGGUGGGGUGGCAGUGAAGUCAGUACCAAUGCAAUGACUCUAGAUGUUGAUCCUCAAUAUUCUGGAGCAAGAAUAGAGGGAGAUGUCAUAACAUUGGAUUUUGUGAAGAAAAUGAUGGAUGAUUUUAAGAACCAGAAAUCCUUACACAAGCGAUAUGUAUUCCAGAUUCUGCAGCAAACAAAAGAAAUAAUGAAAGCUCUUCCAUCUUUAGUUGAUAUAACUGUUCCUGAGGGUGAGGGCAAACAUCUCACAGUUUGUGGUGAUGUGCAUGGUCAGUUUUAUGAUCUCUUAAAUAUUUUUGAGCUGAACGGUCUGCCCUCGAAAGAUAAUCCAUAUCUGUUCAAUGGUGACUUCGUGGAUAGGGGAUCAUUUUCUUUGGAGGUCAUCCUCACCUUGUUCGCAUUUAAAUGCAUGUCUCCAUGUGCAAUACAUCUCACUAGAGGAAAUCAUGAGAGCAAGAGCAUGAACAAAAUGUAUGGUUUUGAAGGCGAGGUUAUGAUGAAGCUGAAUGAAACAUUUGUGGAACUGUUUGCAGAAGUAUUCUGUUGUCUGCCUUUGGCUUAUGUCUUGAAUGAGAAGGUUUUUGUAGUUCAUGGAGGCCUUUGUGGUGUUGAUGGGGUAAAACUCUCUGACAUUAGAGCAAUAAACCGUUUUUGCGAACCUCCCGAGGAAGGAUUAAUGUGUGAAUUGCUAUGGAGUGAUCCACAACCUUAUCCUGGACGAGGCCCUAGUAAACGUGGUGUAGGUAUUUCCUUUGGCCCAGAUGUAACUAAAAGAUUUUUGCAGGAAAAUAAUUUAGACUUAGUCGUGCGAUCUCACGAGGUGAAGGAAGAAGGCUAUGAAGUUGAGCAUGAUGGUAAACUCAUCACCAUAUUUUCUGCUCCAAAUUAUUGUGAUCAGAUGGGUAACAAAGGUGCUUUUAUUCGAUUCAAAGCACCCGAUUUGAAGCCAAACUUCGUGACGUUCUCAGCUGUGCCACAUCCUGACGUGAAGCCUAUGACAUAUACAAACUUCCUCCAGUUCUUUCAAUAGCUGACUUUAACUGCUUUUACACCCAGAUUUUAUGUUCUACACAGGAACCCUAGAAGAAGCUGGUGCCAAAAUGGCAAAUUCAGUACAAUCUAUUGAUUCUUUUACAUACAUUAGUUUUUAAUUGUUUUACUUCUGACUUGUAGUUCGGGGUUUCCCUUUAUUUUCUGGCCGAGUUGGGUUUUCCCUUCAUUUUCUGUCAUUCCUUUGAAUAUCACAAUCUUGUGACUUGUCCUAUGAUAUUGACGGCAGUUUAUUUAGUUACAAAGUUCAGGAGUUGGUUUGCAAUUUUGCCUGCCGAAGAAAGUCAUCUUUGUAUUGUAUUGAGUUAUUAUCAUAUAUUACAUAUGUCUGUAAUGUAUUUUAUUAUUGAUGAUAAUAGAAGAUGGUGAAAUCUUGAAGCCUCUC